UAGGGUUCUUCGUGAGGGAGCCGCAAGAGGUGAGUCCGCCGCCUCGCCGAUUGAUACAAUGGCAGGUCGGGGCAGGAUGCGAGUCCCUCAGCAAGGAGUCGCAAUCUUGCGGCCUCACGGCAGGGGCUCCAUGGUCGUGCCGCCUCCGCCGAUCAUCGAGCAGAAGCUUGCGGCCCAGCACCUGGAAAUCCAGCGCCUGCUGACCGAGAACCAGCGAUUCGCGGCGACGCACGUCGCGCUGAGGCAGGAUGUGGCGCAGCUCCGCCAGAUUAUCUCCCAGAACGACGCCAAGAUGUCGGCAUUGGAGAGGGAGCUGGAGCAGGCGAGGAGCGAAAUCAAGACGGUGAAUUCGCAUCGCCAAGAGCUCCUCCUCCAGGCACAGCAGAUGACACAGGAUUUGCAUCGCGCUCGAUCGGAUGCCCAGCAAAUGGCCGUGAUGAGGGCCGAGAAUGACACGCUCCGCCAGGAGCUCCAGAGGCUCAAAGCUACUUACGAGCCAAGCAGUGGCAGUGCUGGCGGUGGUGGUGGCGGUGGUGGUGGCGGUGGUGGUGGAGUUUCUACUUCUGCUAGUGGCAAGGAUCAUCAAGAACAGCUCUCCAAGGAGGUGGAGAAGCUUCGCGCAGUGGCAGCAUCAGUGAAUUAUCCAGUGGCUUCUUCCAGCGCUUCAUACGUCGCCAAUGGGAGUGUGGCCGCCACUCCUUCCAGCGCUCCUGUGGAGACAUGGACGACACACUACGCUCCAAAUGGCUCUCUCUUCUACUACAACACAGUCACGGGUGUAACGCAGUGGGAGAAGCCGGCCUCGCUCGCCGCAAGCCAGGCCGGGCAGGAGCUUCAUUCCAAUCCACAAGCCGCGCUUCAGCAAACCAUGCACCAAGUUCUCAUCCAGCAGCAUCAAGCUGCUGCCGCAGCCGCCGCCGCCGCCGCGUAUCAGUUGAGUGGUCACUCCGCCACUCCGGGCCUCCAGCAAUUCCCACAGCAGCUGCUCUACGCUCCUCAGCCAUCCUCCCAGAUCACAGGAGCUCCAGGACCAGGGACCUCGACCAACUUACCCGGUACAAGUCAGCCAUCUACAAGCCAAAACCCGUUGUCAUUCCUGGCGCGAUCCUCAGGAGUCGUUAACCCUUCACUCAAGCCCGACGGUGUUUCUUCACGGCAAUCUCCCUCAGCUGCUAACAGCCCCUCUAGGCCACAAGGUGCGACGUUGUCUGUGUAUGGGAUCUCUGCCGACUACCGGGACUCGGACUUGGUGGACCUAUUCAAGCCUUACGGGAGUGUUUUAUAUGCCAAAGUCGCUACCGCCAAAGAAAUGGCUGCGGGCCAGCCGUGUGGAACUGUGACAAUGGACACGAGACGGUCUGCCGAGGCAGCCAUGACUGCCAUGAAUGGAGUGUCGAUCUCUGGCAGUGCACUUGAGAUAAAACUCCAGCGUGACCAAGACGUUGAUUUUCCUUCCAAACAGAAAAGUGGUGCUUAUCGAUCUUCUUACUAACGCUCGCGCGAUUGUUUCUCUUUUAACUCUCUAUAUUUCUCUUUGCUCUUUCUGCGUCUCCGUUUUUCUUUUCUACGAAGCUAAUCCGUUUAUCCAGAUUCUUUUGCUGCUCUAGUUUUGUGCAGGCCUUGCCUUCUCUAUGAUGUUUUUGCUGGUUUUUACAGGCUUUCCUUUGUGAAGUAAAGAUUCACGUUGGUUUUUAACUUCCGUCUUCUAUUAAAGACUCGGGCUCCUGUCCUUCGGCAAGUUGCCGGCUGCAAAACUAUAGGGAGACGAUCCGUCAUACCCUCUUGGAACCAGGGCUUCUAAUGGAAGCUUGCCAACACCAGGAGAUUCUACUUCUACAUGGUUCCUAAGGUGGAUCGACCAUCGUCAUUUGCCGGAGUAAUCCCUUGGGAAGUUGGAUGAGUCAUUUGUUUUGGGAGAGCCGAACUAGAGUACCUCCAAGUGAAGAGUGUACGUGUGAAUUCAAUACGUAACUCAAGAUAUGAAGCUAUCCUUAGUGGA